CCCUCCCCUCCCUUUGUCGUCUAAUUAACGACUCCUACACGAAGGAAGGAAGUGCAUAUGAUCCUCGUUUUUUAUACAACGUAGGUAUUACUAGACCACGUACGUGUGGGACACGUGUACACCGGAAGUUUGUGUUAGUGGGCAGUGGGUACGUGGCUCUGGGGCGCCUAUAUAUAACCAACCUCAAUCUUCAACUCUCUGUACAUCGCAGAAUAUAUUAGCACCACAAAGAAGAAAAACAGUUUCUCAAGAGCAGUAUAUAUAGAUCUUUCAGAAGAAUUAAGGAGAUGGCAGACGAGGGAACAGCCACUUGCGUAGACAUCUUGUUGGCCAUCAUCUUGCCUCCUCUUGGUGUCUUCCUCAAGUUUGGCUGCGGGGUGGAGUUUUGGAUCUGCUUGCUUCUCACCUUCUUUGGCUACCUCCCUGGAAUUAUUUAUGCUGUCUACGCCAUCACCAAGUGAAGAUCCUGAUCUUAUCUGUUGUGGAGAGGCACAUAACCGUUUGAUUCAAUGAAAAGUCCCUUGUUGGUGUACAUCGCGAUCAAUACUUGGAUUUAUUCUUCUUUCUUCAUAAUUGUUCGUCUUUUUUUUUUUUAAUUAAGUAAGAAAUGAUUUGUUGUGAAGGAGGUAAUUAGCAAUUGUUGUUGAGUGACAUUUGUUAGAAUGGGUACUUAAGACCGUAAUGGAUGAUUUAAUUUUCUUGUUAA